UCAGUCAGCUGUUCUUAUUUUGCUGGUUUUCCUCCAGGAUCCGGGCUGGAAGAUCUGAGGAAUUAAGCACCGAAUAACUGUGCGGAGCGGGUUUAAUAUCGCUGUAAAGCUCGGCUCUGGUUCGGGCUCUCACGAACGCGACGGCUGAACCACGAAUUCUGCCGCAUUGGAGCCGUUUGCCGCCGACAUCGAGCCAAACGGUGAAGCCGAUCCCAGGCCUCCAAUCCACGGCGGAGGGAGGGAAGGAGGUCGCUGGGAAUCGGGAUGGAGGCUGCAGAGGGCGCGGGCGGGCCUGGAGGACCGGGCGGACCGGGAGUCCCGUUCGGCUGCGCGUCAUUCAACCAAGACUCCACGUCGCUGGCUGUGGGAACCAAAGGUGGCUUCAAACUGUUUUCUCUGACCUCGGUUGAGCAACUGGACUGCAUCCAUGAGAGCGAGACUCCAGAUGUCUACAUCGUGGAGCGUCUUUUCUCCAGCAGUCUGGUUGUGGUGGUCAGCGCCAACACCCCGCAGCGCAUGAACAUCUUUCACUUCAAGAAGGGAACUGAGAUCUGCAACUACAGUUACCCCAACAAGAUCCUGGCCGUGCGCCUCAACCGCCAGAGGCUGGUGGUUUGUCUUGAAGAGUCCAUUUAUAUCCACAACAUCAAGGACAUGAAGCUGCUGAAGACCCUGCUCAACACCCCGCCUAACCCCUCAGGUCUGUGCGCGCUCUCCAUCAGCCACUCCAGCUCGUACCUGGCCUACCCAGGAAGCGCCGCAGUGGGAGAGAUUAUCGUAUUUGAUGCCAACAGUUUGAGCUCGGUGAUGGUGGUUCCGGCUCAUGACACGCCCAUCGCUGCGCUGUGCUUCAACGCUGCCACCACCAAACUGGCCAGUGCCUCUGAGCGGGGCACCGUCAUCCGAGUCUUCUCCAUUCCUGAGGGUCAGCGGCUCUACGAGUUCCGGCGCGGCAUGAAGAGGUACGUCAGCAUCAGCUCGCUCUCCUUCAGCCCUGACGCCCAGUACCUGUGUGCAUCCAGCAACACUGAGACUGUGCACAUCUUCAAACUGGAGCAGCAGAGUCCAAGCGCGGCGGAGGAAAGUGCCACCUGGUCCUCCUACGUGGGGAAGAUGUUCUCUGCAGCCAGCAGCUACCUCCCCGCUCCGGUCUCUGGCAUGAUGAGCCAGGACCGGGCCUUCGCCACCGUCCACCUCCUCACGUCCGGCCAGAGGAACGUCUGCACCCUGACCACGAUCCGGAAGCAGCCGCGGCUGCUGGUGGCCACCGCUGACGGCCAGAUGUUCAUCUACAGCAUCGACCCACAAGAGGGCGGCGAGUGUGUCCUGCUGCACAAGCACAGGCUCUUCGGUGCCGAUGACUCCAGUGAGGGGGCAGACGGGGAGAGGUCAGAGGUCACAGAGACCCCGUCCUACGCUGCUACUGUGGCUUCACCAGCAUCGGCUCCCAACACUGACCUGCUCACAGGCUACUCUGAAGACGGCGGCGUGAGGAGUGGCGAGGUCAUCCCAGAACACGAGCUAGCGGCGGGGCCCGUGUGUCUGGACGAUGAGAAUGAGUUUCCGCCUGUGAGCAUUUCCAAGUGCUGACUGUCGUUAUUAACUGGUGCCAGGACGGGAGCGGACGGGCCCGAGGGCGGAGCUCCUGAGCGAGGGCCAGAAACUAAGGGUGCUAUGUCACUUCAUUUCAUGUUUUAUUCUUGAGACUCAAACGUGACGAGAUGUUGACGCCACAGUCGUGACCCGCAACAUGAGCUUGUGUGACGUAACGGUCUCCGAUGACCACGUUUCUAGGCAGGUGGUGUUGGGGUGCACGUCGGUGCUGUAUGACUUGACCAACUUUUCUCUGACUUUUGUUCUUUUAGUAGCAUUUAUUAACGACGCCUGUUCCUGUAUGAUAAAUUAUAUUCACUGUUUGAAAAGGUUGAUGUUUGUUCCUGCCGUGGAACCCCAGAGGAGCCAGUACUGUAUAUAUGUUUGUGUUCAGUUGGGACCCGACUGUUCUGAUCACUGCACAAGACCAAACCAGAAGAGACUGAAAAUUAAAGAAGUAACAGUG